UAUGGCGGAUAGUGAUGUGUGCUUGAGGUGUUGACACUCGCAUGAAUCACCUAUUGUGUCAGUGGUAGUAGUGUAUGUUGUGUUGGUUGUAACAGCAGUGAGUGCGAUGGGCCGUCUAGAAAGUGUACUUAAAAGAUUAGUAAACAUGUAUGAAUAAAAGUGUCCGAAAUUCCUGUUCAGUGUGGCUCGGCGUGCUGUGCCUCAAACAGACUUGGGAAUGGUCCCAAAUCAUGGGCGCCCAGCAAGCCAAGGAACGCGUAGGAUCUUCUGGAGCUCUUGCCGUUAGGAACACUAUCAGGAACAAACCACGCGUCCCCAAGGAUGGACGUCAGCAGGGAUCAAAUAUUUUCACAGAACACAGUGAGGCAUUGCUGCAGAGCCGUCCUUUGCCGCACAUCCCAGACCUGCCUGACAGUGAUCCACCUGGCAGUCUUCAGGGGGGUGCCACUCCAGGAUCUGGAAGCCAGUCGGGUACAGGAGGCUCCGGCUCAGGUACUGCCGCUCCAGGAACCCCAUUGCCUUUGGAUGCAGCUAACAGAUGGACCUCGAAGGAGAACCUGCUGGCACAGGAAGAGGAUGAUCCUCAGUUGUUUGUGGCAUUGUAUGAUUUCCAGGCUGGAGGCGAAAACCAGUUGAGCCUCAAGAAAGGGGAGCAGGUUCGCAUCCUGAGUUACAACAAGAGUGGCGAGUGGUGUGAGGCACAUUCUGCUGCAGGACAGGUGGGCUGGGUCCCAUCCAACUAUGUGACUCCAGUUAACUCUUUAGAGAAACACUCAUGGUACCAUGGCCCUAUCUCACGUAAUGCUGCUGAAUAUUUACUGAGCUCUGGCAUCAACGGUAGCUUCCUGGUACGAGAGUCGGAGAGCAGCCCUGGCCAGCGGAGCAUAUCUCUACGUUAUGAAGGUCGCGUUUACCAUUAUCGAAUUAAUGAAGAUGCUGAAGGAAAAGUGUAUGUCACGACUGAAAGUAAAUUCAAUACCCUAGCAGAGCUCGUACACCACCAUUCGAUGCAUUCUGAUGGUCUAAUCACCCAGCUUCUGUACCCAGCUCCAAAGCACAACAAACCAACAGUAUUUGCACUCAGUCCAGAACCAGACGAAUGGGAGGUGAACCGCACCGACAUAGUGAUGAGGCAUAAGCUGGGUGGCGGUCAGUAUGGUGACGUGUAUGAGGCUGUUUGGAAGCGCUACAAUAUGACUGUUGCUGUGAAGACCCUCAAAGAAGACACAAUGGCCCUGAAAGAUUUCCUGGAAGAAGCGGCCAUCAUGAAGGAGAUGAAACACCCAAACUUGGUACAGCUGUUGGGUGUGUGCACACGAGAGCCUCCAUUUUAUAUCAUCACAGAAUUCAUGAGUAAGGGGAACUUGCUGGACUACUUGCGUAAUGGGAACAAGGACCAAAUCAAUGCUGUGGUGCUUAUGUACAUGGCCACCCAGAUUGCUGGUGGCAUGAGCUACCUCGAGAGUCGCAGUUUCAUCCACAGAGAUCUGGCAGCUCGGAACUGCUUGGUAGGGGAAAACCAUCUGGUGAAAGUGGCAGACUUCGGACUAGCACGCCUGAUGAGGGAUGACACAUACACAGCACAUGCUGGUGCCAAGUUCCCUAUCAAGUGGACAGCUCCCGAGGGUCUGGCCUACAACAAGUUCUCUACGAAGUCUGAUGUAUGGGCAUUUGGAAUUCUGCUAUGGGAGAUAGCUACUUAUGGAAUGUCACCAUAUCCAGGAGUAGACCUCACAGAUGUCUAUCAUAUGCUGGAGAAAGGAUAUCGUAUGGAAUGUCCCCCUGGUUGCCCUCCCAAGAUAUAUGAGUUGAUGCGUCAAUGUUGGCAGUGGAACCCCAGUGAAAGGCCCACCUUUCAAGAGAUACACCACUCACUUGAAAACAUGUUCCAGGAGUCAAGCAUCACAGAGGAGGUGGAGAAACAACUUCAGGGGAGUGGAACCCCUCAGCUGGCCUACAAGAAGCCCCAUGCAGGCAGUACAGGGAACAUUCAUGGCUUGGUGAUGAUGUCAGAGCAGGUUGCUGUUGCAGGAAUGGUGGCAGAUGGCGCAGUGAGCAAGCUGAGUACAUUCACAGGAGGGCCAGUACACAGUACCAAUAAAAGCAGUUUGGUGCAAAUGCGUCGGCCAACCAACAGGAAAGGAAAGCAGGCACCUGCCCCUCCAAAACGAACCAGUCUGCUCUCAUCUUGCAGCUCGUUCCGAGACAGCACCUACGCAGACCACGAUCCGCUGGGCCACGCGGAAAACCAAGAUGACACCUCGGACUUAAAUGGUAUUGAUAAGAUAUUUGAAGGCAUCACCAAGGACCUCCAAAGCCUCACAGCCAGCAACAAAGGUGACAGUGAAAGUGACCUGCAGGAUCAGACUCCUGACACUGAUGACUCUGGCGCUCACUCAUACCCAGAGGCACCCACUGGUACAUUCUUUCCAACAGGUGCAACCAGCUCCUUCAAACGUGCACCAAUCAUGGGGAAUCGUGGCUUGGAACAGCGUGGAAAAAAGUCACGAACCUAUCCUCCCAAGGAUGCAGCAUGUGCACAGGUGGUUCAGGUGGCAGCACUGGAGGUGCAAAAUGUGAAACGAGCCAUUAAUCGUUACGGCACUCUGCCCAAAGGUGCUCGUAUUGGGGCAUACUUAGAGUCAUUAAGAGCAAGUGGACUGACUUCGGGGCAAGAGGGAGAAGGAGAAGUGAUAGAUGGAGGUGAGGCCGAGUGUGCGGAGGAAGUGUCAGACCUGGCUCCUCAUCGGUCUGUGUCCCCACGUACAAACAUCCGAACACAAUCACAAAUGAUUCGUAGUAAUUCAUCUGGUGGUGUUGUAGGAGGCUUUCACAACCAUCCACAAGCCCCAUCUUCACCAACAGCUGGAAAACUAAAUCGGCCACGCACAGGUGUUGUUAGAAAUCAUGGUGUAGAUAUAUGCGGCAGCCUGCGAACAUUCCGAACUGCUCCCAACACUUCAUCUUUUCGUGGUGGUAGUCCUUCACGUGUUCUGCAGCCUAGCCUUGCAGAUCUGGAAUUUCCUCCACCACCUGCAGAUCUUCCACCACCUCCUGAAGAGUUUGACAGCCUUAAUGAUGGUCCUCCUCUGACUCCAGAACCACCCCCACCACUAGCCGCUGCAUCCCCUAGUCCAGAAAGAAGACAUUUAUGGGUGGGACCUCCUGGAAACAAGUCAACAUCUCCUCACAGUUUGAGGAAGUUGGGGCAGAGUUCAAGCCUUGACCAACCCUCACCUCGCUGGCCAGCCCAGGGUGAUGCGACUGACUCUGAACGAGUGGAACAGCAAAGCGACCCAGAGAAAGACAGCCCAGGAUCCUCUCAUACAGCAGAUGUAAGAAACACAGAACCGUCGGUAGAAGAAGCCAGCUCACGAUUUGGAGUGAGUCUGCGUCAUCGAGAACCUUCAACAGAUUCAUGCAGCAGUGCUAAGUCUGGUGGUGAUCAUGAUGACUCAGCAUUGCAGCUUCAGGCUGGUGGUAGACGCAGUUCGAAGAGCAGACCACGUGACAAACCUCCAAGUCCACCACGUUCCACUCGAAGCUUGACUUCACCCAGCCUGGAAAUCAAAAGUCCUGUGUCGCCUGGUAGUGAUCUUGUUCCUGUCCUGUACUCUCCUAGUGAACCUGUUGCAGACCCAAAUACUUUGGAGCAGCAGAGUGCUGUAGGGAGCGAAACUGUUGGCCCUUCCUCAGAAGAGAAGAAGAUGACAGUGAAUAAUAAAGUGGUAAAGAGUGUUAUUCCAGGCAUGAAGGAAAUGCUGGAGUUGAAGCUUGUUGCUGAGAUUAAGGAGAGGGCUGAUCUCAAAUUUGGUCGAACAGGAUUAAAGGAGUCUCCAAUAAGUGAUGCAGCAGGAAUGGCAGUCCCAGGCUCUUCCUUGGACCCAGCUCUUCAGCUAGUUUCAGAACUUUCUGAAGGGUUUCAGUAUACUGAUUCAAGUAAGAAAGAUUUGAAAGAGACACCUGAUACUCCUCCAAACAGAAGCCUUUCAGAUCCUAACAAGGGUGCUACAUCCCCAGUGGACUUUAAGGCUAAUCUCCGGAGAGUUAGUCGAGGAUCUGAAGCAGUUAAACCUGAAGGUAUUGGGCAAGUUAAGCAAGAUGGAGUUGCCCUUGGGGGCUUCAAAGCACAGUUAAAGAAGUUUGAGCCAGCAUCAAAGCAGGUUGGAGCAAAGGAUGAAAAUGAUGAUCAUACAGGAUCAAUUAUUGACUUCAAAUCUAGGUUGAGGAAGGUAGAAAGUGGUGGGGAGAGAGUAGGAAGACGAAUUGAGGGAGGGAAGGAAGAUGAGGAUGAAAGACGAGGAGAAGAGGAUACGCGGCAGAACAGUGUGAGUGUGGAUGAAGACCUCCAGCAGGAAGAAGACCCAAUGAAGAAAAGGGACAGCACAGUAAGUACACACAGCCUGGAUGGUGGGACACAGUUGAAAGUUGAAGAGAAUGAUGACAAGCGACGCAGUACGGGCAGUAUCAGUAGCCUGAAGAAGCUGUGGGAAAGCAAGGAGACAUCAGGAGAAGUCCCAGCAUGCUCAGGUGCAGCUGGACAAGUGAGUCCUAAACUGGCCCUCAAGGUUCCUGGUAGGUUCAGAGACUCUGCCAACACUGCAGAAGAGGAGGACGAAGGACUCAAGGAGCAGGGAUCAUCACCAGAUGACGGAAAGCCAGUAAAUAAGGGACAAGGUGGUUCAAGGGUGUGGCCUCCACCUCCUGUUCCAUCAGAUGAGAAGCCCACGGUUCCUACAAAACCACCUGUGAAAGCCACAAAACCUAUACUGUCAGCAUCAAAACUGCCCACGGGCUCGGCAGCUAUCUAUGCCACUCCCAUGUUGCCAAAACCACCUGUUGUGGCUCGUGAGACCAAAUUUGUAACAGACGAGGAAGGCUGCCCAGCACCAGCCAGUCGGGUAAGUGGGGGGGAGAGAGAAAGCGUGCUAGAGAUAUCCCAGGCUCUAGAGACUAGUCUAACCUCCCUGAGGUCAGCAGCCACUGUGUCAUCGGGCACUUGGCUUCAGCUGUCUGACAAAGUCUGCGUGUUUCAUUCGUCAUGUGUUGGAUAUGCUGACAGUAUUGUUCCUCAUGCACGCUUUCACUUCCGUGAGUUACUGACUCGGCUAGAAAGCCAAGCACGCCAACUUCGUUCAGCUGGCGCACGUAAUUCAGCAGAUAACACACGGCUGUGUGCCGAAGUGCAGAACACUGUGAGGGAUGUGAUCAAUGCUGUACAGAGGUAGAUUUGGUGGUUCAGUGUACUCUUGUUAAUCCAUGUUUUAUACUGCUUUGAAUACAGCAUUUUGACAUGGCUUGGAUCAGUUUGGACCAAUUCAUGUCAUGUGUUUAUUUAAAUAACUAUUCUGGUUCAUUCCUUAUUCAGAAAGUGUGUAGAAUUUCAUUUGCAUAAAGAACUUUUACAGCUGAUAUUAUUGCUCUGAAUUGCUGUUACGUAUGUUUAUCCAGUGUGGAAUCAGUACCACACAUCAUAAAUACUCCAUUUUAAGCUUGUGGACAGUGAAGAUGCUGU